UGAUCUGUGAUUGGUUGAAUUUUUUGUCACUACUUACUGGCGGUUAUCAAGACUUUUUCACUGGCAAUGGCCUUCACUGUCAGUAGCACGUGGCACGUUAAUUAAAUGCCGGCUGAUGUAAUCGAGAUGUAUGUUACAGUGGGAUAGGUCGAAAUAAACGCUGGUUCGAUAAAUGUGACAGUUUCUUUGACAAGAAAGACACUUAUCAAGCAAACAAGCUCAAUUAAUAAAUUAAUCUUUAAAAAGUAAACAAUUGAUAAGAUUGGGUGAAUAAUCAGGAACUAGCACUUGAUUAUAGCAGAGAAACGAUAAAGAAACAAUAAACGACAUAUAUUUAAUUACGACAUUGUUAUUAUUUAAAUCUAAAAAGAUGCCGACUAUCGGAAUAAAACGUGACUUGCUCUUCAAAGCCUUGGGCAAAACUUAUUCUGAUGAAGAAUUCCAAGAUUUAUGUUUCAAGUUCGGUUUGGAGCUUGACGAGGUGACAACAGAAAAACAGAUGAUAGCGAAAGAACAAGGUUCUGAUCAAGGUGUAGACGCUUCCGAGGAAGUUAUUUACAAGAUUGACAUACCUGCUAACAGAUAUGAUCUGCUGUGUCUGGAAAGCUUAAGCAUUGGACUGCUUAUAUUUUUAAACAAAAUACCUAUUCCACGUUACAAAGCGUUGAAACCAAAAAAGAUGGAAAGAAUUGUAAUGAGCCCAGAGUGUUUGAAAGUGAGGGGACAUAUAGUUGCUGCAAUUUUGCGAGAUGUCACUUUAACCCAGGACGCUUACAACAGUUUCAUCGAUCUUCAGGACAAGCUACAUCAAAAUAUAGGAAGAAAACGUAGUCUAGUUUCUAUCGGUACUCACGAUUUGGACACGAUUGUAGGUCCGUUUCUGUAUGACGCAAAACCACCGUCCGAAAUACGUUUCAAGCCACUGAAUCAGGACAAAGAAUAUACGGGAGAAGGAAUCAUGCAAUUGUAUGCUACGCAUGCCCAGCUGAAACAGUAUUUACCUAUCAUUAGAGACAGUCCUGUUUAUCCUGUGGUGUAUGACAGUAACGGAGUUGUCUUAUCUCUUCCUCCUAUCAUCAACGGAGAUCAUACCAAGAUCACGCUUAACACGAAGAACAUUUUUAUUGAGUGCACUGCAACUGAUCUCACAAAAGCGAGGAUAGUAGUGGACACUAUAGUCUGCGCUUUCAGUCAAUAUUGCAAAACGAAAUACACAGCCGAGACCGUGGAAGUAGUAUAUCCUGACGGUCAGAUAUUUCAUUAUCCGAAAUUGAAAUAUCGAACAGAAGAGAUCGACUGUAACAGGGCGAUAAGUUACAUUGGCAUCAAGCAAACACCAGAACAGGUCGCGGAGUUGUUGUCGAAGAUGUCUCUGAAAUCCGAAGUGAAAGACGAGGAUAAACUACUGGUGGAGGUGCCACCAACGAGACACGAUGUUAUACAUCCCUGUGACAUUUACGAGGACAUUGCCAUCGCCUAUGGCUACAAUGAAAUAGAGAAGACUAUACCGCACACGUCUACGAUCGCGGCCGAGUUCCCACUCAACAAACUCUCUGAUCAAAUACGUGUGGAGUUGGCGCAGGCGGGAUUCACCGAAGCUCUAACAUUCUCUCUGUGUUCACGUGAAGACGUAGCGGACAAACUGGGUCACAAGAUACAGGAUGUACCAGCGGUUCACAUAUCCAAUCCAAAAACUUUAGAAUUUCAGGUCGCGCGUACCACGCUGUUACCGGGACUGCUCAAAACGAUUUCCGCGAACAAGAAAAUGCCGUUGCCUCAUAAACUGUUUGAAGUUUCCGACGUCGUAUUGCGGGACGCCAGCGCCGAAGUUGGCGCGCGCAACAAUCGUCGUUUGUGCGCGGUUUACGCCAACAAGUCGGCCGGUUUUGAGAUAAUUCACGGUCUCGUGGAUCGAAUACUGCUGUUGCUGGAAGUGCCGUGGAGUCCUGACAAAGACAAAACCGGAUAUUAUCUGCGCGCGGCCGAUGAUCCGACCUUUUUUCCUCAGCGAUGCGCCGAGAUCGUCUGCUACGGCGAGGUGAUAGGAAAGAUGGGAGUUCUGCAUCCCGAUGUGCUGUCCAAGUUCGAACUGAACAUUCCGUGUUCAGCGAUGGAAAUAAAUAUCGAAUUGUUUGUGUAGCAAAAUUAGUAGAGCGCGCGCGUACAGAUCGAAUAAAUUUUGUACAAGUAGUUUAUAAUUAACUUAACCGACCGCAAUCCACGCAUUUUUCUAUCACACACGUAUGUUGUAUAAAAAGUAUACAACCUCUUGUCACAACUGUUUCUAAGAAAUAUAUAUGUUAUAUAUAUUUAAUUGUUGAAU